GGUUGGGUAACUAGGGAGUUUCUUAUUCUUUCGGUCUAACAUGGUAGAAGCAUUAUAUGUCCAGUUGGAAACCUGGUUACUUCCCAGAAAGACUGGAAGUUUGACUGCCCCAAGGAAGGCCUGCACUUUAAGUGAGCUGGACUUUGUUUACUGAAGAUAAGUGUGAACACUAGGAACCUCAGGUAAUUACAGAACAUUUGAGGUCAGGAGAACACUGGUACAGACCUGAGACCAGAGAACCACUGUGAGUUCAGGCAGUCUGAGCUAUAUAACAAUACAAUCAAGAAACAAAAGGAAAGAAAGAUCAAUGCUCACUUGUGCAGAAGGAGGAGCAGAGGACAAGGGACUCCUGAUUGUUCUUCAGGAAGGGAGAAGGAAUUAUGGGCAGAGGAUGCCAGGUUUAUGAGGAGCAGUCCACGCAUUCUGAAGGGGUCUGGGGUUGGGAGAAAUAGAGAAUUAACAUGUUUCCAGAAGAGACAUUUGAUAGGAAUUUAGGAAAGAAGUCUAAGAAUGUGAAAGAAAGGUCAGAGAGAGCCUAAGGAGAGAGCUGGGAACUUUGAGAUGAGGUGGUGUGAGAAAGGCUUUCCAGAACCAUGAAUUCAAGUGAAUUUUAGGAGCAGAACAGGUGUGAGGGGACAAAGCUGUUCAUUCGAGGCAAGACAAACACCAAAUUCUCAUUCCAUCUCGCUCUCAUCUCCCUUCAGUCUCCAUCAUGUGGAACACCUCGGAUACCAACUUCUCCUGUUACCACGAGUCCGUGGUGGGCUGUCGUUACUUUGCCGUUAUAUGGGGCGUGGUAGUGACUGUCACAGGCACCGUGGGCAAUGUGCUCACCCUGCUGGCAUUGGCCAUUCGUCCUAAGCUCCGAACCCGCUUCAACCUACUCAUUGCCAACCUCACCCUGGCUGAUCUACUCUACUGCACACUCCUGCAGCCUUUCUCCGUUGACACAUACCUCCACCUCCAUUGGCGCACUGGAGCCAGCUUCUGCAGAAUAUUCGGGCUCCUCCUCUUUACUUCCAAUUCUGUCUCCAUUCUCACCCUCUGUCUCAUUGCUCUAGGACGCUACCUCCUUAUCGCCCACCCUAAGCUCUUUCCCCAAGUUUUCAGCGCCAAGGGUAUCGUGCUGGCGUUGGUGGGCAGCUGGAUUGUGGGGGCGGCAAGCUUUGCCCCACUCUGGCAUGUGUUUGUCCUGGUGCCAGUGGUCUGCACCUGCAGCUUUGACCGCGUGCGCGGCCGGCCUUACACCACCAUCCUCAUGGGCAUCUUCUUUGUGCUUGGGCUCAGCAGUGUGGGCGUCUUCUACUGCCUCAUCCACCGCCAAGUGAAGCGUGCUGCUCGAGCGCUAGACCAAUACAGGCUGCAGCGGGCCAGCAUCCGCUCUCCCCAGGUGGCUGGGACAGAUGAGGCCAUGCCUGGCCACUUCCAGGAGCUAGACAGCGGGCUUGCCUCAAAAGGGCCCAGUGAGGGGAUUUCAUCUGAGUCAGUCAGUGCUUCGACCACGCAGACCUUGGAAGGUGACCCGUCAGAAGCAGGGGACCAGGGCACCAGAAAGGUAACCCAGCAUAUUGUAGAGAGAGGCCUUCCUGAAGCACAUCAUAGGGUCCGGGAGACUGCAGGAGAGCGCAGAGCCCCGGAUGCCCCGUCGGAAUUCGGAAAGGUGACGCGCAUGUGCUUCGCGGUGUUCCUCUGCUUCGUUCUCAGCUACAUCCCCUUCUUGCUGCUCAACAGUUUGGACGCCAGGGGCCGCGCUCCCCGGUUACUGCACAUGGUGGCUGCCAACCUCACCUGGCUAAACAGCUGCAUCAACCCCGUACUCUACGCAGCCAUGAACCGCCAAUUCCGCCAUGCAUAUGGCUUCAUCCUGAAACGAGGGCCACAGAGUUUCCGUAGGUUCCGUUAGAGCUGGUAGUUCAUUCAUCAGGCCAGCCCAGCAUCAAGAGUGGCCCGCAGGAUAGGAGCCCUUCGAUCCUUGGAUAUUUUCACAGACAACCUUAUUGGUGUUUGGACACACCCCUUUCCAUCCAGGAAUCAAUGUGUCAGUCCUGCGUUACCCAAGGUCAAUUAUUAAUAAAUGCAUCACACUUCCUCACUCUGCA